AUGGUCCAAGCAUUCAAUAUUCAUUCCAUCAAAAUUAAAAGCAGUGAAGCCAUCAAGAGAGAUGAGCAACGGAACUUUGCAGAAGCUCUCAAACAAUACGCAGCAUGUUUUCAAGCCCUCGGACAAUUAUUGAAAGAAGAAACACUCUAUGAAGAAUUGAAGACUAAUGCACAGAGUUACAAACAAGUGGUUCAAGCAGUGAAAAUUACGAAAAUGUGUUUUGAACGAGUUACAGAUAUUAUUGAAAAGGAAAUUCCAAACUCUGGAAAUUAUCAUCAUGAUAAUUCCAAUGUUGGAGGAGGUGGAUCGUCAUCAACGAAUGGAGGAUCAUACCCAUCAUCCUUCACAGCCAAUACUCCUUCCAUGAUGUCCACUACUUCUUCGUUUUAUGUUGGAACUGGUAUUAUCUCUUCAUCGGGAUCAUCAUCCACGACGACACCUCCAAACUCUGGAAACAAUUCUUUGAGAUCAUCGGCUUCUUUUGCCUAUCCAUUGAAUCAACCUUCUUCUGUAUCCAACAACACCAACACUACUUUGUUCAAUGCUACACCUACUUCCCUCUCAGCAGCAUCAUCCAAUUCGUUCAAUAACAUGUCAUUCCAAUCAAGCACUGCUGCAUUAUCUUCGUCAUUCAUGACACAGCCAUCUUCACCAACUUUGACACCAAUUUCAAACAAUUCCAACAAUCCUCUAUCCAAGUCCAUGAUUGUUACCUCCUCCACACAUUCAUCCUUCUUCUCCAACCGAAAGAGUGUUGAAUUGUCGUCACCUACCAUUGAAUUUCAAGCACCUCCUGGUGCCACAUUUAAUACUCGAGUCCCAUCACCUUUGGACAAUGCAUACAAACCAUCGCUAAGCGAAGUGACAUCGUUCGGUCUCGAUCCAGAGCUUUCAGCGAAAGAAAAACGAAAAAGUCUAAAUCUUCAAGCAUCAGUGGAUGGUGAUGGUGCUGACGUGACUCUUGAUGGUGAUAAUGCAUGGUCGAAAAGUGUUCGAACCAAAUUUAUCGCCAAUUAUCACAAGGAAAGAACAUUCAAGACUCGUGACGAAUUAUUCGAUCGAGAAUUAUUGGCUAUGGAAUCGCCUGCAGAUCAAUGGGAAAGUGUUCGAACUCACAUGUUGAGCAUUACAGACCUCAUUUCACAGCAUCCAAUUAACACCAUGUUAAUUUAUUUUGUUCAAAAAUUCAAUGAGGAAUUCCAAGUGAAAGAAGAUACAGUAUGGUUGAGCGUCCAUGAUGCCAAUAAGCAAAUUUCCGAUCUGGCCAAUGCCAUCGUUGUUGAACUCACUCCAUUAUGGGCCUCUUUGCAAGUGGCAGAAUUGAGACACUAUGUCACCAAAGCUCUCACUGAAGGUAUUGUCAAGAGAGUAUAUCGUACACUGGUGGAAGUAUACGAAACGCAACAGCAAAACAAGACCACCGAAGAAAAGCUGAAUGCUAUUGGAAUUGUGACAUUACAAGAUUUGGGAGUUGAAGAUAUGGCCAUCAUUGAAGCAGCCGAUAGUUUUGAGCCAGCCAUUGAAAUUCUCGACAACAUCAAUGUAGGAAAAACGCCAUACUCAGCCAUUGACUCUCUCGUUGCCAUGUAUGCCAAAAUUAUUGAACUCGUGAAUCAAGUCUCCAAUUUUGACACACUCUCAGAUACGACACUCUAUGGAUUAAUGCUCUACAUCAUUCAAUCAUCAAACACACAGAAUUUGCCAAGCACUCUUAAUUUAAUUCACGACUACGUACAAGACGAAGAAUUAUCUCAAGACGAGAAGGAUAUUAUUUCCCUAGUGGAGAAUGUGAUUGAUUGGGCAAAUCAAUUUGAAGUUUAA